AUGGUCUCCCUUUCACUGGUGUCCGUGGCCGAUGCUCUCGUGCCUCAGGUGGCCGCUGACUGGCUGUUAACUGUCUGCCGCCACACUGGGCAGAGGUGGGGCCCCAACGCGGCAACGGAACUCUUCUGGUACCGUCCUCCAAAGGUUCACAUAUUUGAGUUUGUCGUCCUGCAUGCGUUUGUUUGCUGCUGUUUUUAUGCCAGCCGGGGUUACUGCCGCCAGGCGUGGCGGCAAUUGCAGAGUGCACCGCGUGACCGCUCGACCAAGAGCCGAGUGAAUCAACUGCUGGCAGUAGUCCUGUUGGUGUGCUGGAUGUGCCAAGUGCUCUUCAAGGCGACUCGGCCGCAUCCGUUUGUACAGCUGGGCUGGUUGCUAAUGCCCUGCCACCUCCUCACCUUGCUCUGGGCUGCUGUGUUGAUGCGCGGCGGGCGGGAGAGGUACGAAUUGAAUGUCUAUCUCGCCUCCCUUGCUGCGGACUAUCACUGGGGUCCGACAGCGGCAGCGGCAUCACCUGACUUUGGAGAUCACCAAUACCCUAUUGAGGGGUACGUCUUUGUUGUGCACCACGCACUCUUGUUACUCUUACCGUUCUACUUUGCCGCGCGCUAUGAGUUGUUGCCCAUGACUUCAAAGCGUCUGCUGCACGUGACGUCGGUGGCGGUGUUGGUCAAUGUUGGACCAUACACGUUGUAUUCGUAUGUGAGUGGGCUAAAUUUGAACUACAUGUUGUACCCACCGCCAAAGUUAAUGCACACUUUUCCCUUCACUUCGGUGGCCUAUCGGUUCUACGUCAUUGUCGCCCUUAUUGUCCUGACAGUUUUAUUUCACUUCAUCAUUAGUUGCUGUGGUGGGGGCCCCAGG